UAGCCAUUAAUAUCAGAACCAUAAACAUUAUAGCUUUUGAUUCAUUUUGGCUCGUGAUCUUUAUCCUCAAUCAUCUCUACAGAUGCAGGCUUGAAAAAGAGACGCUUUUUGUUUUGUUUUUAGCCAUGGGCCAUGGCGUUUCAUGUCAGCUAACUAUUUGCUAUUUUGAAAGUUUUUAAAACACUGUUUAUUUUUUAGUUUUUUUUUCAAGAUUUUUUUCUUUUCUUUCAGCCUGAAUGGAUAUUUUGUUUGAGAUUGUUGACGUGGUGUUCUUCUUAGUGUUACUGAUAUGGGUUUUGGUUGACAUUGUGAGAGAAAGGAGAAAUGGUAGAUAUGGAGGAGUUGUUAGAGAAGGUGGUGGAGGUUUUGGUUUGGUUACUGUUCUUUUCAAUGCCGUAAUCUCAAUUUCCUAUCUGGGUUUUGGUGUUUAUGAAUAUUGGAAUAGGGGGAUUGUUAUUUGGAGAGCGGUCUUCUCAUGUAUAACUUGGGUUUUAGCCACUCUUGUGGCUUUGUAUUGUAAAAAUAGAAAUUGUUAUGAAGGCCAACCAUGGCCUCUGGUUCUCAUCUUUUGGUGGGUUUGUUACACCAUUCUUGACUUUCUUUCUGUAACCAUUUACAUUAUUUCCCACUUGAAAUCCAUAGAGCUUCUUCCACAUGUUCUUCCUCGUGCAAAUUUAGUGGAUAUGGCAUCGUUGCCUUUGUCAAUCUUCUUAUGUUUCAAUGCUGCCAGUUGUGUGAAUAGUCAUAGCAAUCUUAAACAUCCAUUGCUUGAGAAAGAAGAUGAAAACCCUUGUCCAGAUGGAGAUGGUGCUGCUGCUUAUUCUAAUGCUGGGAUUUGGAGCAAAGCUACUUUCCAAUGGCUGAAUCCACUUUUCAAAACGGGUCGAACUAAAAAGAUUGAGUUGUCUCAUAUUCCUUCUAUUUCAGAAUCAGAAAAGGCGGAGAAUGCUUCCAUGCUGCUAGAAGAGUCACUUCAGAAACAAAAAUUUGAAGACCCUUCUUUGCCCAAAGCCAUACUACGUGCUAUUUGGAACUCAUUAGCCAUAAAUGCCGUCUUUGCAGGACUAAAUACAGCAGCAUCCUAUACUGGUCCUUUUCUAAUAACACAUUUUGUGAACUAUUUGUUGGAGAAGCAUGAUGAUUCUAGCAUUCGUUACGGACUAAUUCUGGCUUUCAUCUUCUUCUUUGCAAAGACAAUGGAGUCAUUAACUCAAAGACAAUGGUAUUUUGGUGCUCAUCAAAUUGGUGUUAGAGUGAGAGCUGCACUUACAGUUCUUAUAUAUAAAAAGUCCAUAUCAAUCAAGUUCUCUGGUCCAAGCAAUGGCAAGAUUGUAAAUUUAAUCAAUGUUGAUGUAGAAAGAAUUGGAGACUGCUGCUGGUACAUCCAUGGAUUUUGGUUGCUUCCACUUCAGGUCUUCUUGGCACUAGUCAUCCUUUACUGGAAUCUUGGUGCUGCUCCCUCGGCUGCUGCUCUUCUAGCCACAGUUAUGGUUAUGGUAUGCAAUACCCCUUUGGCCAAUAUGCAAGAAAGUCUUCAUUCUAAGAUAAUGGAAGCUAAGGAUUCUAGAAUCAAGGUGACUUCAGAGACCUUAAAGAGCAUGAGAGUUUUAAAACUGCACUCAUGGGAACCAACAUUCUUGAAGAAAAUCCUUGUGCUUAGGAAAAAUGAGAGAAGUUGGCUUAAGAGGUACCUCUAUACCUGCUCAGCAGUGGCUUUUCUCUUCUGGGCUUCACCAACUUUAGUUUCUGUUGUGACUUUUAGUGUUUGUAUUGCUUUAAACAUACCAUUAACUGCUGGUAAAGUUCUCUCAGCCUUGGCUACAUUUAGGAUUCUACAAGAACCUAUCUACAAUCUACCUGAGUUCAUUUCCAUGGUGGCUCAAACAAAGGUAUCUCUAGAUCGAAUUUUUGAGUUCAUAAGAGAAGAUUGUAAGAAUCAGCCUACAACUAAUCAACCUUCAAAUGCAACAAAUGUUGUAAUAGAGAUUGAGAAAGGAGAUUACACUUGGGAAACAGGUGAGCAAAUUUCAAGGAAACCCACCAUCAAAAUUACAGAUAAAUUGAAGUUAAUGAAAGGGUGGAAGGUUGCUGUUUGUGGAUCAGUUGGGUCUGGAAAAUCAAGCCUGCUUUGCAGCAUGCUUGGUGAGAUUCCUAAGAUAUCUGGGCCAGGCUUCAAGGUUCAUGGUUCCAAAGCAUUUGUUCCCCAGAGUGCCUGGAUUCAAACAGGCACCAUAAGAGAGAAUAUUUUGUUUGGCAAGAAAAUGGAUAAGGAUUAUUAUGAGCAUGUUCUGGAAGCUUGUGCUUUGGACCGUGAUAUCAAGAUGUGGGCAGGAGGUGAUUUAACUGUUGUUGGAGAAAGAGGGAUAAACAUGAGUGGAGGACAAAAGCAAAGAAUUCAACUGGCAAGAGCUGUCUAUAGUGAUUCAGAUGUUUAUUUACUGGAUGAUCCUUUUAGUGCUGUUGAUGCACAUACAGGAACCCAUCUGUUCAAGAAAUGUCUCUUGCAACUCUUGUCUCAGAAGACUGUAGUUUAUGCUACACACCAGUUGGAAUUUCUAGAAGCAGCAGACCUUGUCUUGGUGAUGAAAGAUGGUAGAAUUGCUCAGUCAGGAAGGUAUCAAGAUCUGAUUGUUGAUCUCAGUGGUGAACUCAUUAGUCAAAUGGCUGCUCAUAGAAAGUCAUUGACACAUGUUAACACAUGUAAACAAGAAGAUUCCUCCACCAGAAGACCAAGUAGAAAGAAUCAGAUAGAAGUUGUGGAAGACUGGUUCAGAGAGCCCUUAGCAGAUAACAGCCCUCUGGAGAAAAGCCACAAGGAAGAAUCAGAAACUGGUAGAGUGAAGUGGAGCGUUUACUCAACCUUUGUUACUUCUGCUUAUAAAGGGGCCCUUGUUCCAGUUAUCCUUCUCUGUCAAGUCCUCUUUCAGGGUCUCCAAAUGGGGAGUAAUUACUGGCUUGCUUGGGCCACUGAGAAAGAAGGCAGAGUCACUAACAAGAAGUUGAUUGGGAUAUUUGUAUUACUGUCUGGUGGGAGCUCCAUUUUCAUUUUGGGAAGGGCAGUUUUUCUGGCAACUAUUGCCAUUGAGACUGCUCAGCGUCUAUUCCAUGGAAUGAUUACAUCAAUUUUCCGAGCUCCCAUUUCAUUUUUUGAUUCCACACCUUCAAGUAGAAUCCUUAACAGGUCUUCUACAGAUCAAAGCACAGUUGACACAGACAUUCCAUACAGACUAGCAGGAUUGGCCUUUGCACUAAUCCAGCUAUUGAGUAUAAUUGUCCUCAUGUCCCAGGUUGCCUGGCAAGUCUUCCUUCUUUUCGUGAUUGUGCUUGGAAUCUCCAUAUGGUAUCAGGCAUAUUACAUUACCACUGCCAGGGAACUAGCCAGAAUGGUUGGAAUUCGAAAGGGUCCAGUUUUGCAUCACUUCUCUGAAUCAAUUUCAGGGGCGGCAACAAUUCGUUGCUUUAAUCAGGAAGACCGCUUUGUGAUGAAAAGCAUGAGCCUUGUAGACGACUUUUCUCGAGUGGCCUUUCACAACUCUGCCACAAUGGAAUGGCUUUCGGUUCGGAUAAAUUUUCUCUUCAACCUAGUAUUCUUUCUUGUUCUGACCAUCCUGGUGACCCUGCCUAGAUCAGCCAUUGACCCAAGUUUGGCAGGCUUAGCAGCCACCUAUGGUUUGAACCUGAAUGUUCUUCAGGCUUGGGUGAUUUGGAACUUAUGCAAUGUUGAGAACAAAAUGAUAUCAGUGGAGAGAAUUCUUCAGUUCACUAAUAUACCAAGUGAGGCACCGUUAAUAAUUGAAGAAUGUAGGCCAAAACCUGAGUGGCCAACAAAAGGAAGAAUUGAACUUGAGAACCUUCAAGUGAAGUAUAGUCCUUCUCUGCCAGCAGUCCUCAAAGGGAUAACUUGUACUUUCCCUGGAAAUAAGAAAAUUGGAGUUGUGGGUCGGACAGGGAGCGGGAAAUCAACUUUAAUACAAGCUCUAUUUAGAGUAGUGGAGCCCUCAGGUGGAAGGAUUCUUAUUGAUGGAAUUGAUAUUGGUAAGAUUGGACUUCAGGAUUUAAGGUCAAGAUUAGGAAUCAUUCCACAAGAUCCAACUCUUUUUCAAGGAACCAUGAGGACUAAUUUGGACACUUUGCAAGAGCAUUCAGAUCAAGAUAUCUGGGAGGUUCUGAACAAGUGUAGGCUAGCUGAUAUAGUAAGACAGGAUCAAAGGCUUCUUGAAGCACCUGUGGCUGAAGAUGGCGAAAAUUGGAGUGUUGGACAAAGGCAACUUGUUUGCCUAGCUAGGGUGCUCCUCAAGAGGAGGAGAAUUCUUGUGUUAGAUGAGGCUACAGCCUCUAUAGAUACAGCAACGGAUAACGUGAUUCAAGAAACAAUAAGAGAAGAAACAAAUGGAUGCACAGUCAUCACUGUGGCUCAUCGAAUUCCCACUGUUAUUGAUAAUGACUUAGUUCUGGUUCUUGAUGAUGGAAAAGUGAUUGAGUACGACUCGCCAACUCGGUUGCUUGAGGAUAGUUCUUCUUCAUUCUCAAAAUUGGUAGCUGAAUUCUUAAGAAGAUCGGAUACAAGAAGCUGCCACCAAGAUCUAUCUUGACUACUUCUAGUAGAGAACAAGGCAUGAACAACUCUCUAUUCUUCCAUCCUAGACUGAAUUUCGAUAUCUUGUACAUGGUGAUAGUCUUCCAUCAACUUCUCUCACACUCUAACAUGAUAACAACAUAGAUUUUAGCAACUAGAAAACUUAGUUUAGGAAUGAAUGGCUCUGAGAUAUAUAAUUCAAAAUUGUAAUUUUUCACUUUAGUAGCAUUGAAGAGCAAUAAUGCUGAAAUAAUAAUUGCAUGUAUUUUUUUU